UUGAAGUGAAGAGAUACUGUAUGUUGUUCGAGUGAGUUUUUUUUGCUGCUUUAAAAGAAAGAAAGAGCGAACCAUUUUUUUUCUCUGCCUUGAAUGUGAUACAUUUUACACUAUUUUGAAUAUUAACACAGAGUGCGGAAAAGAAGUGAUAAACAAAAAAGUAAACAUCGAAAGACAAUCUAGAUAAACGAGAACAUUUAACGGAUCUUUUUCUCUAAAAUUCAUCAGAAUUGGAAUACAAUUUUUUACAUACAUAUACACAUUGUGACCAUCUGUGUUGCCGUUUGAUUAGAGACAAGUGUGUGCGGGGAAAAUUUACUAUUAUUCGUUGUUUUUAAUUUAUUUUGCGUACACAAGUGAUUACAAUUUCACGAGAUACAAGAUGAAUCACAAAACAGUCAAUGGUUGGGUGCUACUUUCACUCUUAAUGAGCACAUUAGUCUAUGCAUACCCACAACUACAAUCUGCACAAAGUCAAAUAGUCGGACAAUAUAUACCGAAAACAGCACAACAACAGGCCGAAUUUCAACAUUAUCAAUAUCUGCGACAACAACAACCUCAGCCACGUGUCCAACACUACCAAGUUCCAGCCCAAUACCAACAACAACAGCAACAACAGCAACAACAACCACAAGAAAUUCGUAAAUUUGCCGAAAAACCAAAUGCAUUGAAAAAAGUAUCGCUCGAUGACAUCGAUCAAGACAUUCAAACAAACCAAAUUGAUGGCAAUACAUUCUCAUGGACAAAUAUGCUGGGUUCGCUGAUGCAAAUGUUCUUUGCCAAUCAAAAUUUACUCGCCCCAACCAAAUCGGAUGAUUCAGAUGGCAACGGACUAGCUCCGAGUCCGUGGACGGGAGUCAUCGCAGCUGGUUUGAAAAUAAUCACAACUCUUUUGGGCGGCGGCGGUGUUAAUGACGGUAUCGACAAAGUUGACAACGGCAAUGCAUCACCAAUGCAGAGCAUUUUGGCUGCUGUCUUCCAAGGAGUAUUGGGCGCUAAAGAUCCCGAUCAAGUAAAUAUUAUGGCUAAACAAGCCGGCGAAUUCAUAAAUAUUGUUGUUAAUCUUUUGGACGCAUUGAAGACAUCAUUCUCACAUCGAUCAUUUGCCGCUCGAGAGCUUAAGAAAAAGGACAGCGUGGCCGAUUUGGGCAUUGCAACGAUUACCAUGCUUAAAGGUUACGUAAAAACAACCGGAAACACAUCGGAAAAAUGUAUGCAAAAAUACAUUUGCGAAGCAAACAAAGAAUGUAACCAGGACAUUGGUGGAAAUAGCAUCUUCUGCCAAAUGGGAAGUUAUGCCACUAGCUAUGUUUUGGAGCGAACAACAGGCAAUGCCUUUGAAAAGUUCUACGAAGCUGGUCGACGUGGACGACAAGAUAAGGAUGACUGCGUGAAAAUCUACGAAUGUAGUGAUAAUUAAUAACAAAAAAUAAAGAGCAAAGACCGAACCAAUAAAAUCGAUGCUCAAGGGGUCAGAGUUAAGUUUAGAAAGAAAAGACGCGAAAAAUUCAUAUUUAUAACAAUUUAAUUUAUUUUGUGAACAAUAAAUGCGAUGAUUCAAUCGUGUGCUCUGUGUGCAUGGAGUACAAUUGAAAAAUUCCGUGCUUAGACGAACGUAAUAUUCAACAUGAAGCGUAUGAAAUAAAUCAUUUUCGAUUAACCGACGAGAUUUCCUUGAAAUAAAAAAAAAAUAUUUUUUAAAAUUCACAUCGGUCAGUGCCUCUUCAUCACCCAAGGAAUUUCUAAUUUAAUCGAAAGUAUUUUAUUUUUCAAUCGCUUCAUGUAUAUUAUCGGUCUUAAUCCAAAAUCAAAUUUGUAUGUAUUGUAGUUAUGUAUGUGAGAGAGAAUUUUUUUUUGAAUUGAUAGGUAAAUAUUAUUCUUUUUUUUGCUAAAUUAGGUUUACGUGUAUUUAAACGACUACGAACACAACGAUAAUUUAUUUAUUUAAAUUAUUUAUUUAUGUUUUAGAUUGUAGCUAUUUAUUCUUCUAGUGUUCUAGGGUCUCUGAUGUUAUGAAUGUAUGAAACAGAACUACAAAAAACAAUAAAGAAAUUUGAAAAAUCGAA